ACUGUCUGUAAACAGCCAAAGACAAAGACUGCUAGGAACAGGGACUGAGAAAGGCAACAGAGCAAAGAGACUAGCAGACAAGGGGCAGAGGGAAAAUUAGAGAGCAAAAGAUACAAGAUUUGGAGAGCAGGUAUAUUUUGAAGAAUCAGAGAAAAAGAAAAUCAGAGAAAAAGAAGGAAAAGAAAAUAGUAACUUAAACUUGCUGCUAAAAUGCCUAAGCUCAAAGUGAAAACUGGAAAGGGAAAGAAGGGUAAAAGAAAAAAGGGUGGGAAAACUGAACAUAGAGUGGACAAAGAGUCUGAAGUAGAGAGAGCAAAGGCCAAUGCAGCACUUUGGGAGGCGAGGCUGAAGGUAACUGAAUUUUCACGUGUGGAGUACCGAGAUGCAGCCCGAAGUCUGGCCCAGAACAACGAGGAUCUGACUAAGCAACAAUAUCAACUGGAAAAAGACAUGGUUGAAGUCAUUGGGUUCUUGAAGAAGCAGGACCUGGAAAAAGAUGAGCUGAUUGAAAAAUUACAGCAAAACCUUAUUGCACAGAAGAAAUCAGCUGAAGAGGAGAGAGAAAAACUGGUGGAACUCUAUAGCAAACAAAUUGCUCAUCUGGAAGAAAAAUAUUCUCAGAAAACCAAUGAAAUGCAAAUUAUUCAGUCUGAGUUUAGAAUGAUGAGAGAAUUCCGCAGACAGAAAGUGGAGCUGGAGAAAGAGUUAGAUGAGGUAAAGGAGAAUCUUUGGAGAGCAAAUCAGAAUCAUAAAGAGACUAUGUCCAGAAUGGAGAGACGGUUCUUUGAAGAAAAGCAACGCCUGGAAAAGGAAGCAGAGAAGAAAAUCAUGAUGUUAGCAGAGAAAGCUCACAGUGAAGCAAUCAUUCAGCUGGAUGAAGCUAGGAAAUCUGUGUUCAAGGAAAAUGUUCGCCUAAAGGAAGCAUUUUCUUAUCAUCUGAAAGAAAUGAAAGAAUUAAAGAAAUCCAAAAAGAUACAAGAGGAAUCAAAGCUUAACUUACUCCAAGAAAAGGAAACCAAUGAUUUACUGGUUCAGGAAAAGAUCUCGGAAGUUUCUCAAAAGAAAGUGCAAAUCCAGGAGUUACAACAGAAUGUCAGAGCCCUAGAAGGCGCUUUAGAGAAAAUGACUAUGGAAAUGGAGAAAGAUGCACAUGAUAAAGAGUCUCAGGAGUUGUUACAAGUGCAGGUGGGAAAUGUAGAACUACAGAAACUACAGAAGAUACUUCAUAUGAAGGAACGGGAAAUGAACCGUAUAAAGAAAUUAGCCCGAAAUAUUUUGGAGGAACGAACUGAAGUAGAACAUUUCUUCUUGGAUGCACUUUGGCAGGUGAAGCAGGAGAUCGCAUCUAGUAGGAACUACUACCGACACAUAGCACAGUCUGCUUAUACCAGCAAGAUGAUGCAAGCUGCACUUGGAAAAAACCAAUACCCAAAGACCAGAACCUUUAAUAACAAAGAACACAGCACUAAUGAUGUUAGUCAUGAUCUCAGUGAGGCAGAGAAAUGGACUCAUAUACAGGCUGGGAAAAUAGACAUUGGUGACUUGACAUGGGAGCAGAAAGAGAAGGUUCUCAGGUUGCUGUUUGCGAAGAUGAAUGGCUUCCAAAUCAGGAAGAGCCCUGGGUUGAGGCCUUCACCUCCGGCAGAUGUCUCAUCGCUCACAGAAAAAGAAAGUAAUACCAGGAACCUGGAAGAGAAGCCAGAAGAGUCCAGUUCAACUUUCAUUACCCAGGGUGUCCCAGAACUACCAGCCUCAAGCUUGGUUCUGCCACAUAUUCAAACAGGCAGAUGCCAAGUCACAGGAUAAGCACAGAGGAAAGUAGAUGGAUUGGCAUAACUAGAGUGUGGGAAGAAAGCUGGAUUCUAAAGUUAAAUUAAUAAAUAUAUGUGGUUUUAAUCACUGGAAACACAA